AUGAGGCUCAAUCGUGCUGCCAGUGUCUAUAUGAAGCGUGUAGACGUGGAGGUGGUUGCCAUGAAAAUCGGACACACAGGUAUCAACAACCUAUAUACGCCUCAUCGCGCGGACUUUGUCUUUGAACUCACUGCCUCAUUUUUGUUUUUCUAUACUCUGAAGAUCCGCGUCGACAUGAAGGAGCAAGUUAUUGCCUUUCGUUAUAUCAAUGAACGGAAGCUCGUUGCGUUUCUGAAGGGGCGGUUCCCAGAGCCAGAUCAGUUUCAAAUCACUACCAAGCGGGGGGAGUACUACCUGAAGUUGCCAUCGCUUCUGACUCCGGAGGAAAUCAACGCUUGCCGCCCAUAG